AUGUGGAUAGAUUACGAUGCUCUUACCAAUUUUCAGACUGACUUUAAUUUUGAACCUACUAACUUAAUUGAAGUAUCAGUAUCUUUAUCAGCUCUUUUAUCUAGAGAAAGUGAAUCAGCUUCAUCUAGACAAAAUAGAUGUAUAGAAUAUUUAGAAUGCAAUGUUUCACUUAUUAUUUGGGAGUUAAAUACAGUCCCAAAUGAAAGUUUUAUAGUUACUAAUUUACAAAGUCAUCAGGAUGAGAGUUCUACAGUAUUAUCAAAUUUACGAUUUAGAGUAGUACUUAUAGAUCGAGACAGAAUGCUAGUACAAAUGACUGAUAAUGAUCAUAAUAUUCAAGAGACUCUUAAUAGUGAAGUAGAAGGUCUUUUUUCUAACAUCGACCAGACUACUUCAGCGAACGACGAGCAAUAUAAUAAUUUUAUGACAAAUACAGCUCACUUUAGUGAACAGCUUAAUAGAUAUAUUCGAUCAAAUGAUGAGAUCCUUACCAUCCAUGAAAAACUUGACCAGCUUGAAGGAUAUUUAAGAAUUUUGGCCUUGCAUAUUAUAAAUAUUACUCCUAUAUCUGACUCUAAUGAUUCGUCAACUUUUACAAAUAAAUGUUUAAUAUCUUAA